AUGGGAUCAGCUUGUGCUAAAUUUGUAGGUUAGGAUACUAUAGAUUCUGAUCUUAUGAGUUUGGAAUCCAAAAUGAGAACUUUAAAUGAAAUGAGUAAAAGUACAAAAUUUUCAUCCCUUAAGUUGAGCAUUACAUACACUCAUCUCACAAAUUAAAGAAAUUCUGAAUCAGAAGUAAGAGAUCUGGAUCAUCCUAUCAACAAAAUCAAUAAAAGUAAGGGAAGAAUGAAAAGUUUUAAUUUUCAAGAAGAUCAUCAACGAUAAUUUUGUCCAUCCAAAGUCUCUCGUGUUAAUGACAGUCCAGUGACUGUGAAAAGUGAGACCCGAAGAAUCAAAAAGAAACAUAAUCCUUAGAGAGAACUUAUUUAGAUUUAAAACCUAGAUUUAUCAUUUUAUAUUCAGAGAAUAAGUUACUAAUUAGAGAAUAAUGAAGAGCAAUCUUAAAGAAGCAUACUCAAAUCUCCAUUAAAUAAAAGUUUUAAUUCACUCUCUGAGCAUAAAAAAGUACAUUUCGCUUAAGGCACAAAUUUUAGAUCCAACAGGUCAUCCCCUUCCAAAAGAACAAAACUCAAUCACUUGAGAAGAAGUUUAAUUUGA